UAAUCCAUUGUACCUUGUGGCCAAGUUCCACAAUGCAUUAAAUAAGGGUACAAAGUCUAAAAAAAUAUAUCACAUUUUUUUUUUUUUUUAAUAUUUUUGAAUUAUACUGAUCAGUUGAGAGGAGUAACAAUACGCGGAGGGUGAAUCGUGGCGAAAAUAAAGUGCCGACUGGAACCGGAACGAACGAUUUGUAACAAGUUAUAAUAAAUUUAACUUGUUGGGAGGUUUUUUUUUUUUAUAACUAGUUUUCUUUUAAAUAAAUUUAAAUAAUACAGGAGAAAGUAAAAAGAAAUGGCUAGUUGUCGAUUAUUUGGAUCUUUAAAUAAGAUCUCACAAUGCAAUAUAAAAUUAAGUAAAUCGAAUAUUGGAGGAGUCCUAUUACGGACUAAAUACACUAGAAUGUUUGCAUCAGUAGCCGGAGAUCAAAAAUCACAUACACGUACUAAAAUCGUAAACAAUGUCUACGUAGUAACACUCGAUUCACCAGGUGAAAAAGUCAACUCAUUAGGAAAACAAGUAAUGAAUGAAUUCCAAAAUGUAGUAAAUGAAAUAAAUAGCAAUCCAUCAAUUGAGGCAGCAGUAAUAAUAUCUGGUAAACCAGGAUGUUUUAUUGCCGGUGCCGAUAUUAGUAUGCUUGAAAAAUUGAAAACAGUCGAAGAAGUCACACAAAUUUCAAAAGAUGGACAACGUUUGUUACAACAAAUUGAAGAUAGCAAAAAACCAAUAGUUGCAGCAAUUCAGGGCGCAUGUUUAGGCGGUGGUUUGGAAGUUGCGUUAGCAUGUCAUUAUCGUUUGGCUGUUAAAGAUAAAAAAACUGGUCUUGGUUUACCUGAAGUCAUGUUAGGAUUAUUGCCUGGCGCUGGUGGUACCCAACGCUUACCUCGAUUAAUUUCAUUACCAAAUGCAUUAGAUAUGGCAUUGACUGGCAAAACAUUGAAAGCGGAUCGGGCAAAACGGAUGGGUGUUGUUGAUUUAUUGGUGAAUCCAUUAGGACCUGGUCUAAGUCUACCUGAAGUACGAACAAUUGAAUACUUAGAAGAGGUUGCUAUUAAAAUUGCCAAAGAUUUAGCAACUGGAAAAUUGAAAGUUGACCGAAGCACCAAGAGCCCAGUAGAUAAAAUAAUGAAUUUCGCGCUUAAAUAUAAUUUCGUUAAAGAUCAAAUAUUUAGUAAAGCUAAAGCUCAAGUUAUGAAAAUGUCUGGUGGUUUAUAUCCAGCACCAUUAAGGAUAUUAGAUGUUGUACGAGCUGGUCUUGAUAAAGGACCCAAAGAAGGUUAUGAGGCAGAAUCUAAAGCCUUUGGUGAAUUGUCACAAACACCUCAAUCCAAGGGUUUAAUUGGUCUUUUCCGAGGACAGACUGAAUGUAAAAAGAAUCGUUUUGGUAAACCAAAACAACAAGUUAAAACUGUGGCAGUAUUGGGUGCUGGUUUGAUGGGCGCUGGUAUUGUACAAGUAUCAAUUGAUAAAGGUAUUUACAACGUUAUCAUGAAGGAUACGAAUAUUAAUGGAUUAAAUCGUGGUGUUGGUCAAAUUCAAACUGGAUUAGCAAAUGCAGUAAAACGAAAACGUAUAGCUGCUUUGGAUCGUGAUAAAAUUAUGGCAAAAUUGGAUGCAACACUAGAAUAUAAAAGCUUUAAAAAUGCUGAUAUUGUAAUUGAGGCUGUUUUUGAAGAUAUUAACAUUAAACACAAAGUAAUCAAAGAAAUUGAGGCUGUUGUCCCACCGCAUUGUAUUAUUGCAACAAAUACUAGUGCCAUUCCUAUUACAAAAAUUGCAGAAGGUUCAUCAAGGCCAGACAAACUUAUUGGUAUGCAUUAUUUCUCACCUGUAGAUAAAAUGCAAUUGCUAGAAAUAAUCACAACCGAUAAAACAAGUAAAGAAACCACUGCGGCUGCUGUUGAUGUUGGUUUAAAACAAGGUAAAGUUGUUAUCACUGUUGGUGAUGGUCCUGGAUUCUACACAACUCGAAUCUUAUCAACAAUGUUGUCCGAGGCUAUUCGUUUAUUACAAGAAGGUACUGAUCCUAAAGAAUUGGAUACAAUUACUAAGAAGUUUGGUUUCCCAGUCGGUGCAGCUACAUUAGCUGAUGAAGUCGGUAUUGAUGUUGGAUCACAUAUUGCAACUGAUUUAGCAAAGGUAUUUGGUGAACGAUUUGGAGGUGGUGAUUUACGUAUUAUGCCAGAUUUUGUACGAGCCGGUUUCUUAGGACGUAAAUCUGGUAAAGGUAUAUUUGUAUACGAAAAAGGAGUAAAAGAACGUGCAGUGAAUCCAGGCGCAGUAGAAAUUUUCACUAGAUAUAAGCUCGAACCAAAAGGUGCUGAUUCCAUUGAAGAUAAACAAUUACGUAUGGUAUCCAGAUUUGUGAAUGAUGCUGUACUUUGUUUGGAAGAAAAAAUUUUAGCAUCUCCACUAGAAGGUGAUGUUGGCGCAGUAUUCGGUUUAGGUUUCCCACCAUUCUCAGGUGGUCCAUUCCGUUGGGUUGACGCAUAUGGAGCUGAUAAAUUAGUUAAUGCUAUGUUACGUUAUCAUGACUUAUACGGAGCACCAUUUAAACCAGCACAAACUUUAUUAGAUAUGGCGAAGGAUUCAUCAAAGAAAUUCUAUCCACAACAUUAAAAUCACACUCACAUAAUAUACUUUCGUAUACUUAACUGCCAAUUUUGAGUUUUACACAUAAAAAUUGGGCUUGUUAUUUCUGGUCAUUGUUGCUCUGGUAGCUGAUAGUGCGAUUGAUUGAGCAAAUGUGUGUCAAAAGUAAGUGCCUCUCCUUAUACACUUUUUUGAGAAUUAAUUAUUUUUAGGUAAUUUUUUAAAAUACAUUUCGUUACA